AUGGCCCAAUACCUGCACGAUAACUUUGACAACCCACCCUGGACACUCCUCGCAGAUAUCACUGCUUUAAUAACACCACAAGAAGCAAGAUAUUUCAAUUCUAGGCCAACGAUCUCAGAGAUCUCAGAAUUAAUAAACAGAGCAAAUGCAGCUGCUGGAACUUCAGUUGGGCGGUCUAAAUAUGCAUACGGCACUCGGAUAAAAUCGUUUGCGUUAACAAUGGCUCGCUUCGCGGUUAUGGCGCCGCCAGAGCACGAAGAAGCCAUAUGGGGAACGACCAAACUUGUGACUACGAGGGCAUUAUCUUCAACUGAGUACUUAAAGAAGAUAGUCGAGAUCCUGGAAGAGCUUGGCUCAGGGCAUGAAGAAACAGACACAGUACUCCACAGAUUUCCAGCUUCUAUAAAAAUCCAGAGGAUAGUUUGUUACUAUCACCUCGUUUUGCUUGAAAUCUGCCAUGAUCUUCUCAGAAUCCUCAGCGAAAAGGAUUCCAAGACAUUAAAAACCCUUUGGAAGAAAUUGAAGACAGAUUUAGAGAAGAAUAAAAAGGGACUCGACAGCUUCAAAAUAUAUCUUGACGCUGAAGCACAUCUAAUAUCCGGAGAUUUCAAUGACCGAGAAAGGCAAAGGAUCGCACUAUAUCGACAAGAACCCGUUUUAUACUAUCUCGAUAGCGUUUCAAAGAAUUGGAAAACGGUCCUUGAUAGCUCUAAGUCGGAUCCAAAUUUGCAAGCUAAGGUUGUCAAUUCUUUAUGUACCCGAAUAUCGGGAUAUGAUCAUGAAGCCUCGCUGCAACGCUAUGCGCAAGGGGGAUCCUCCAGGGCAAUGGACUUUAUCACUGGACUACCCGCCUUUCUAGAUCGAACCAAGCAUGGGUCUAAGAAGCCACUGCUAUGGCUGUAUGGAUCAGCCGGCUGCGGAAAGUCCUCCUUAAGUGUCUACCUUAUAAAGAUGCUCCAAAGCGUCAGCGGAGAAAAUGUCUUCUAUUUCUUCUGCACACCCGAGAUCCCCGAGUCCAUGCAACUCGAAACGCUCUUCAGAUCACUUUUAUCACAACUACUCCGCACAACAGAUCACAUCCGCCAUAUAUACUACAACUUCGAAUACCCCUUAAACAUCGAAGAGAUCGCAGCUAUAAUAAAAACGAUUAUCAACUUCCGUCAACAGUGGGUUCGCCAUGGCGAUAAUCGUAUGUAUAUCGUCAUCGACGGGACGGAUAAUCUCUCGCCUGCAGCUGAAGACGAGUUAAUCAAGAAGUUUGAGAAGUGGUGCUGGCAAAUCCAGUUGAAGGUAAUAUUGACAAAUAAGAAAGGACCGCCGGCGCAUAGACCGGGUGUCUUAUUAGAUGGGAUUGGACAAUUGGAAACGGAUGUAGUGGUACAUAUCGAAAACGAGCUUAAUAUGAAUCUAGUCAGUGGGCUCUUCAAUUUCGACAAUAAAUUCGAUCUUAUUCCGAUUAUCAAAGCAGCGAUAACGGAUAGGGCGAGGGGGAAUUUUCUUCUAGCAACCCUUCACUUAAGUUUAGUCCGCUACGCCAAAAAUGAAGACAAUCUUCUCUCACUCCUCGAAACUCUUCCUAUCGACAUCAUUCCGACCUACAACCUCAUCCUCAACACCAUAAAAUCGCAAGGAGAUAAAAUACAAGCCAAAAGGAUCUUCAAUAUUGUAGGAAUCGCCGCUCGACCGCUCACCCUCGAAGAACUCUCAGACUACUUGGAAUGGAACGUCGAAACUGGAGACGAUUUACCCGCCUACAGCCCAACGUCUGUCUUAGACGUCUGCAGAGGCCUUGUCAUCGCUCGGGAAGUUCAAGGAAAGACAUGCAUUUAUUUCGUACAUUCUAGUCUUAAGCAGUACCUCAUGGAGAAUCGAAUAUUAGAUGAGACUCGAGCUCAUCUAGAGGUUGGCCGUGGGUGUAUUUAUUACCUACACCAAACCAAAUUUCAACUCAUGGACCAGGAAGAGGAUAUGACCAAAGACGAGAAAAUCGAGAAGGCUUAUCACUCCAUCAGGAAGAAUAAGAAGAACCUCAAAAAUUCAGAUUAUCAAGAAAUAGACUUCUCCGAAUCCGAUGACCUCGACGACUUCAGUGACAUCUCAACCAUAGUCUCAACUCUCCGAAUCUCCCCUCCACCCACAGAUAUCGAAACUCUAAGAGAUUUAAUUACUGAUUCAAACCAACAAACAACAAUCAUCGAGCGAUUAUCCCCAAAAAAUCGUUUCUUGGCCUAUGCAAAGGAGCACUGGCUAUACCACACUCGAGCAAUGCAUAAAUCCGAUCCGGCAUGGGGGGACUUCUCGAGCCUGGUCAUAGAGAAAAGAAAGCUUUUAUUCGACAUUAUUCCAUGGGUAAGAACAAGUGCAGGGGCUCCAAUAACGGUAGCGUCAAGGAAGCAAUACAGGAUGCUUGCGAACGAUUGGGCUAAUCAGAUGAAACAUUACGCCUUGUCAAGACUAGUGGUUGAUUGGGCUACUAUUGCAUCAGAAAGAAGGUCAAAGCGUGCGCGGGCGCCGUUAUAG